AAAAUCACGAUAUAACGGCCGUCGUUUUGUUAAGGUUGGGGGACUAGAUUACUCGGAUGUCCUUCAAAAGCCUCAAGGGUUGAGUUGAGAUGACUGUUUGGACGGUCUCUGGUCUCAGAGGCUACCCCAUGAGAAGAAAUGCAAUAGUGUUGCACAUUUCCUGGCUCUUUUUGCCCGUGUUCCUUGCUCGUACUCGAGCUUGGUCUGUAUCCGAAGUAUGGCCGUUCCCAUAUGCUAUUGGCAGUUUUUCAGCGAUUUCUGCACGUGCCCAGUUCCCUGAUUAAGGUAUAAACCGUUCCUCAUGCGCAGCAUUCAACUCCUGACAAGGCCUUCGAGAGGGGAUCCCUACCCGUUCGUACCUUCCACUUCUUACAACGGGUGUUC